GUCAGCGGCGUGCGCCGCUCAUUCCUACAUCCGAGCUUUCCUCGUAAACAUCAGUUAUUUAAAGAGACUAUAAGCCGACUCAAUCGGUCAGUGAGUGUGUGAAAGAUCAAGUGGUUCCAGUUAUAAUAUUUCACAUAAAUAUUAUCGAAAAUGGCUGACAGUGGUACCAAGCGUAACAUUCCCAUUAAACUCGGUGACUUCAGCGUCAUUGACAGCGAAUUCUCCAACAUCCGCGAGCGUUUCGACGCCGAAAUGAGAAAAAUGGAGGACGAGAUGGCUAGAUUCAGGAGCGAACUUAUGAAUCGCGAGAGCAACAAUUUCUUCAAAACAACAACUAGUAUUUUCAAAUCGGAUUGGAUGAGGGAUAAGGUUGGGAAAUUGACACUGGAUGAAAAUCUCUAUCCACCGCGUCACAAAACCGUCAUUCGAUAUGGCCGGCAUCACACGAGCACCAGUGAGCAUCGUACCUCGACGACCUCGAGGACUGAGGGUUGGGACAAAGUUGAUCCUGCCGCGCCAUCAAAACGUUCCGCGUUCGACAAGACUUUCACCAGUACCACAACACACAACACCCAGAACAGUUCUUUGAGUCCUCAGCAAGACUCUCGCACCUGGUUGGAUGGCCUCAACAGUCCGUUGAUUCAGGAUGAAGGAGACAACAAAACCCUUAAACUUCGAUUCGACGUAUCCCAGUACACACCAGAGGAAAUCGUUGUCAAGACUGUGGACAAUAAACUCUUGGUCCAUGCUAAACACGAAGAGAAAACAGAGAGCAAAUCUGUAUACAGGGAGUACAACCGUGAAUUCCUGUUGCCAAAAGGCACAAAUCCCGAGACAAUUAAAUCAUCACUCAGCAAAGAUGGUGUACUGACUGUCGAAGCUCCACUUCCAGCACUUGGAUACGGUGAAAAACUCAUCCCAAUUGCCCACCAAUAAAUUACAACAAAAAAACUUAAUUACUCACAUUGCCCUAUUGAAUUACUCCUGUAUACCUAUGUUUCCAGUCUUUUAUUUCCCCCAGAGUCCAACCUUCGGUAUUCAUGUCUCCCAUUUAUCCAUCAAAACGUUUGGAAAAUGUAUUAUCUUUGCCAACAAGAGCCUCAUCGCUGUUGUUAAUUGAUGUUUGCUAUUACGCCUUAAAAUUUUUAAUAAAUGAAAAUUUAUAAAAGUUUAUGUUGAUGGUGUGAAUUCAAAUGAUACAGCAACUCCAAUCAAUCAGAAUAUUUCAGAGUCCGUUGGACUUGAUAAGGUGCAUGACUUUUUCAAAUCAGAAUAAAUACUUUAUACUUUUCAAUACACGAAACGACUGCUUUUCCAAGGUUUUACUAUUUAUAAAAUCAACACUGUUGAAAUUUUCUGCUUGAAAUUUCCCAUGGAAGAUUUUCGGAUUCCAAGGGAGUCUUCGAAUUAUCAGGGUUUUACAGAAAAUUAUCAAGAAAUGAAAAUUCUUUUCAUGGAGAACUGAAUAUUCGUGUUACAUUGUCCAAAAAUUAAUAACUCUUUCUACAAUUUCAUGGCAUCUUGUAAUUUUUACAAUUGCGCCUAAAUAUGUAACUUUUUGGAAAUUUCGUUUCUUUUCCUUGUAAUUUCCUUCAAAACCCUGAAAAUUUGGAAAUUCUUUGAAGUUCAAAGAACUUGUAUCACAAGUUUCAGUCAGAAAUUUUAAACGUCGUCCAACAUAGAGUAGAAAUUGAAAUAAAGUCCAACGGUCUAAAGCUUAAUUGAAAGUAACAGUGGGAAAAAUGGUACACAAAAUUAUAUUCGUAACUUAUAUUUGCGUUUAGAAUAGACUAUACGUUCAAAAGACUAAAAACACAAAUGCCUAGCGUAUUUAAGCAUUAUAAUAUUAAUAUUAUUUAUGGAUAUUGGAAUAUUUUCCAUGCAUAAUGUUUAAAAAUUAUUGGCAGAGUUGAGGAGAAAUUGAAUAAAGAUAUAAAAUUUAAAAGUAA